GGUCAAAAUUUAAUAUUACUUUGUUUACACAGUGAUAAAACCUAUAAUUUGUUAUUUUAGAGUUUUAGACCUUCAACUAUAAAUAGAAACUUUACAAGUACUAGCGGCUUUGACAGUUUUCGAAUAAUUCCUAUACACUGUGGCAGCUGUUUACAAUUUCAGUAGUUGUAUAAGCGCGUAAACAUCAUUUUCUAGUAUAUUAAAAUUUUCGUUAUAAAAAAGUAUAAUUUUAUCAUAAAAUACCAAAUAUACCGGGUAAAUAACAACAAACAACACGUGAUCAUUGCAUGGUGCAUAGAGGGUGGGGUAAAGACAAGGGAAUAUCGACCAUCUUGACUGCAAUAGCUAAGGAAGGAAGAGGUGUAUUGUUGCCGAUAUUAGAGUGCAACCUUGUUCCGUUUUUUUGGGGUGGUUUUUUAAAAUGUGUUUGUUGUUCUUUACUAAAAUAAAUAUAAUGAAAUAAUGUAAAGGGAAUUUAAAAAGAAGAGCAAAAAUGUUCCGGCGUUUUUCAAACAUGCCAGUCAGUUAUUAAUAUUCUUGACUUCAAAUGUGCGUAACUGUUACUAAAUAAAGUGGAAAGUGGUAUAAAUAAAUAAAAAUAACGUUUCCCCGAUGUGAUGUCCCAGACAGAUGGAUUUAUUCAUCUUUUUGCAGGAGGUGUUGCUGGAACUGUUGGAGCAAUUGUAACGUGUCCUUUGGAGGUGGUGAAGACGAGGUUGCAAUCUUCGCGCCAUGGCUUUGACAUGCACCAACUUCCCCUUAUCGCCCAGGACCCUUUGCAGCAAAGUACCACCUGCCGUACCCUGAAUACCGAUAAUCAGAGGCGUAGGUUAUGGACCUCUAGCUGCGUCCUCAGGCCUCAAGUUGUAGCUCUUUCAGGUUAUGGUCCCACGCGUCCAGGACCCUCAAGUCCCCCACCCACCAUGAGUCUUGUCCAGUGUCUCAGGUACAUCAUCACCCACGAAGGACCCAUGGCCCUUUUUAAAGGCUUGGGUCCUAAUCUAGUCGGGGUUGCCCCAUCCAGAGCCAUAUAUUUUUGUACGUACAGCAAGGCGAAACAGUUAUGGAACAAUGUCUUGCCCCCAGACACACCCGUGGUGCACAUCUUUUCAGCGUUUUGCGCUGGAUUUAUGUCUUCUUCAUUGACGAAUCCCAUUUGGUUUGUGAAGACAAGACUUCAACUGGAUCUGAAUAAAAAUGGCCAAAUGACCGUAAAAGAGUGCGUCCGUAGAAUCUAUACUAAAUCGGGAAUACUGGGAUUUUAUAAGGGCAUAACGGCGUCGUAUAUGGGCAUUUCGGAAACGAUAGUACAUUUCGUUAUUUACGAAGCUGUAAAAGCCAGAUUGGUCGAAUAUCGCCUGAACAACCCUCAAAAAUAUAAAGAGACAAAAAGUUGGAGAGACUUUGUAGAGUUUAUGAUAGCCGGUGGUAUGUCGAAAACGAUAGCAUCUUGUAUUGCGUAUCCGCACGAAGUGGCGCGAACUAGACUUCGGGAAGAGGGUAACCGAUAUACCGGCUUUUGGCAGACGUUGGGGUUGGUAGCUAAAGAGGAAGGAAUUCGGGGAGUCUAUAGAGGCUUAGGAAUUCAACUUCUUCGUCAAAUACCGAACACGGCCAUUAUGAUGGCCACAUACGAAGCAGUCGUUUAUAUUUUAUCUAUUAAAUUUAACAGCGAAUAUUACGAUAAACAUACAUAAGAAUAUGGCCAUUCAAUGUUUUCUUUUUUUGUUGUUGUAAAGCUCGUGCUUCAACCAAAGAACGACUUUUAUACUGAAUGAUACGACGAAAGGUGUCAGAAAGAAAGUAGCAGGCUAUGCGAAAGGGG